AUGGGACAAACCCAAUCAAGAAAUGGAGAGGCACGAACCGAGCUGUCAAUAAUAGCAAACGAUGAUGAUGAGCCGGGUGGUAUACGUGGUUUAAACCUCCACUCAAAUCAUCAUCAUCGCCCCAAAAAGCUGCCCGUUAAACAGCCGGCACGCCCCCUCAGAAUAGAUUCUCAUUCUCACGAUAGCCUUUCUAUUUCACCUCUCCGCGUCGAUUCUCGUGACCCUCUGCAGGACGUCGCUGAGUUGGGCACGCCUUCAUCGUUUUCUCCUGGACGGGAAUUUAGCGGACGGUCGUUUUUAGCCCCCUCCCAGUCCGACAACGAACCUGGCAGCAUUGCAUCCACGUUGGACAGUUAUUUGGGACGCAAGGCGUCUCCGUCAAUCUCAAAAAGCCAGGCCAUGGGUACCGUUUCAAACCAGCAUGGGGUAUCCGCCGCCGAAGCUUUAAAGGACGUUACUCCUCGUGCCACACCACAGUUAAUCCCAAAACUUAGCAUUAAGGACCCGCGAAUUGUCCCGCCAAACUCUAUUGGAUCUUCUGCGACGGCCGGUUCUUUGACGUCUGGGUCAGUGUCGUCUGGCGACUCGCCAAUGACUUCACCAGAGAGCUCAGACGAGGAUCAAAGUAUGGCCGAGCGGAUUGCUGCUCGCCACGUCAUGGCCGCCCGAAAUGUGCCGUCGGCUCCAUCUGCAUCAGGCAUCCCCGUGAACCGUCUUAUCAAGAGAAUUUGUGUUUCCGGGCUGCAAAACCAGCGGGCCUUCUGCAUGAACCUCGAUGAAAUCAAUAGCGUUUGUCGAGCUGCCUCCGAGCUAUUUCUGUCGCAGCCAGUCCUUCUGGAGCUAGCGACUCCCGUCAAGGUAGUAGGCGACACUCACGGCCAAUUCAAGGAUCUUAUGCGUAUUUUCCGUUUGAGCGGCAUGCCCCCCAACACAAACUAUUUGUUUCUGGGAGACUAUGUCGAUCGCGGCAAACAGUCGCUUGAAACAAUCAUGCUCUUGUUCUGUUUGAAGCUCAGGUUCCCCAACAACGUGUUUUUGCUCCGGGGAAACCACGAGUGCGCAAACGUUACCAAGGUCUAUGGGUUUUACGAUGAAUGCAAGCGCCGCAGCUCAUUGAAGGCGUGGCGAAGCAUUGUCGACGUGUUCAAUACUCUUCCUAUUGCAGCCACUAUUGGCUCUAAAAUCUUUUGUGUCCACGGUGGCCUGUCGCCUAACUUGACGACCCUGCAGGACAUCGAGCAGAUCUCGCGCCCCACGGACGUGCCAGACUCUGGCUUGAUGAGCGACCUCAUGUGGAGUGACCCGGACCCUCAGGUGAAGGAAUGGGCCGACAACGACCGCGGCGUCUCGUACUGCUUUGGCAAACGUGUCUUGGACCAGUUCUGCAACCGGUUCAAGUUCGACCUCGUGGCUAGAGGACACAUGGUAGUGGAAGACGGUUACGAGUUCUUCGGCAACCGCAAGCUGGUGACCAUUUUCUCUGCGCCCAACUACUGCGGCGACUUUGAUAAUUGGGGAGCAGUCAUGUCUGUGGAUGAGAAUCUUUUGUGCUCGUUCGAGCUUUUGGAACCUAAUAAAAAACCCUCCAAGCGGUCUUGA